AUGACGCGAGCGCGUCGAGGACUCCUCGUCCUCGUCGCCGUCGCGCUGCUCGCGUCCGCGACGGCGCGCGCGGACGCGCUCGAGACCGUCGACGUCGCGAGACCGUCCGACGGAGGCGUCGUCGGAUCCGACGCCGUCCCGCGGACGAAACAGACGAUCGCCGCGGACGCGGACGCGGACCCGACGCGGGAGGAGUGGAGGUACCGCACGAACGAAGAGCUCGCGGCGGCGCUGAGGGCGCUUCACGAGGGCGCGUGCGCGGGGAUCAGCGCGCUGUCGUCCACGGGACGCAGCGUCCGCGGGGUCGACCUGCCCGUGCUCGAGAUCGCAGUCCCGGAGGAGAAGGCGAACUCGAAGACCGGCGCGGGCGGCGAUAACGGCGGCGCGAAGCCGUCGUUCGGGUUCAUCGCGAACAUGCACGGCGACGAGCCCGUCGGGAGGGAGCUCGCGCUGAGACUCGCGCGGCUGCUCUGCGACGCGCACCGCGGCGUCGGCGGCGGCGGCGGCGACGGCGACGACGCGGCGACGUUAACGGCGGCGGCGGCGCUCGUCGCGUCCGCGCGUCUCUUCUUCGUGCCGACGAUGAACCCGGACGGGUUCGCGACGCGAUCGCGGAACAACGCGAACGGCGUGGACUUAAACCGCGACUUCCCGGAUCAGUUCCGCGGCGGGUUAAAGCUCGAGCGCGGCGAUUUCGGCGGCGGCGGCGACGACGACGACGCCGCCGGCCGGCAGCCGGAGACGGCGGCGAUGAUGCGUUGGGCGACGAAUCUCACCGCCGCGCUCAACUUCCACGAGGGCGCGCUCGUGGCCAACUACCCGUGGGACGGCACCGACGACGGGAAGACGCGGUACUCGCGCGCGCCUGACGACCCCGCGUUUCGAAGGAUGGCGAGCGCGUACGCCUCCGCGCAUCGAGGGCGAAUGAUCCCCGCGACCGCGGAACUGAGCAUCGCGCGAAAGUCGCGGCGUCCGAACGAGGAGCGCUUCAAAGGCGGGAUCACGAACGGCGCCGCGUGGUACCCGCUGUGGGGCGGGAUGCAGGACUGGCACUACAUCGUCACCGGCACGAUGGCGCUCACGAUCGAAGUCAACGAGGUGAAGUGGCCCGAGGUGAGAGAGUUGGAG